GCCUCUAGGGGCGUGGCCCGGCGUGGGCUGCACGGCUGCGCACUAAGGCCGCGCUGUCGCCGCGGUGAGAGGAGACGCGAUGGCAGGGCCCGCGUGGAUGUCCAAGGUCUCUCGGCUGCUGGGGGCGUUCCACAACCCAAAACAGGUGACCAGAGGUUUUGCUGGUGGUGUUCAGACAGUAACUUUAAUUCCCGGAGAUGGUAUUGGCCCAGAAAUUUCAGCUGCAGUUAUGAAGAUUUUUGAUGCUGCUAAAGUGCCCGUUCAGUGGGAGGAGCGGAAUGUCACUGCCAUUCAAGGACCGGGAGGCAAGUGGAUGAUUCCUCCAGAAGCCAAAGAGUCCAUGGACAAGAACAAGAUGGGCCUGAAAGGCCCUUUAAAGACCCCAAUAGCAGCUGGCCACCCAUCCAUGAAUUUGCUGCUGCGUAAAACAUUCGACCUUUAUGCAAAUGUCCGACCAUGUGUCUCAAUCGAAGGCUAUAAAACCCCUUACAACGACGUAAAUAUUGUCACCAUUCGUGAGAACACGGAAGGGGAGUACAGUGGAAUCGAGCACGUGAUCGUGGACGGAGUUGUGCAGAGCAUCAAGCUCAUCACCGAGGAGGCGAGCAGGCGCAUUGCGGAGUUUGCCUUCGAGUACGCGCGCAACAACCACCGGAGCAACGUCACCGCCGUGCACAAGGCCAAUAUCAUGCGGAUGUCAGAUGGGCUUUUUCUGCAAAAAUGCAGGGAAGUUGCAGAAAACUGUAAAGAUAUCAAAUUUAAUGAGAUGUACCUUGAUACAGUGUGUUUGAAUAUGGUCCAAGACCCGUCCCAGUUCGAUGUCCUUGUUAUGCCAAACUUGUAUGGAGACAUCCUGAGCGACCUGUGUGCUGGAUUGAUUGGAGGUCUCGGUGUGACACCAAGCGGGAACAUUGGCGCCAAUGGGGUCGCAAUCUUUGAGUCGGUUCACGGUACCGCCCCGGACAUCGCGGGCAAGGACAUGGCCAACCCCACGGCCCUGCUGCUCAGCGCCGUGAUGAUGCUGCGCCACAUGGGGCUGCUGGAGCACGCCGCAAAGAUUGAGGCCGCCUGCUUCGCCACCAUCAAGGACGGGAAGAGCUUAACAAAAGAUUUGGGAGGCAACGCAAAAUGCUCAGACUUCACAGAAGACAUCUGUCGCCGAGUGAAAGAUUUAGAUUAGUGUUUCUGCAGAUGGUAUUCGAUCAGUCACUCCUAACGGACACCGCGUAAGCCUGUGUUAAGACAUGUCCCAUUGUGUGUGCGCUUGGUUUCCUGUUGUUAGAUCUGGCUUUUCUUAACAAAAUCUGCAAAACGAUGCAGGUGACGUCCUUGGGCCUGCUUUAAAGGACUUUUUCCAAGUGCUUCUUUUAUUUAUUAAAUGUCUAUUUGGUAUACAUUUUUUGUAAACUCUAAGCAGACUGUAUCAUUGCCAUUACCAACCAUUUUACACUUCAGUUAAAACAGCUUUUCCUCAGCUGUAAAUAUGAUAUAGAAUUAAUAAGAGAAAACAUCUAACUUUUUAAAGAAAAGGUUUUCCUUGGUUUACGAAAAAUAUAAUAGAAAUAAAAAACAGAAUAUUGACUUACUAGCACAAGAGGACAUUCUUAUCAAGUGAACGGGCACAAAGACAUUUUCUAGGAAAGGUCACAUCAAAAACAGUUAAUAUGGUAUAUUUCUUUAGUUAUAUGGAAAAACUGAGACAGAUUUGUCCAUUAUAUGAAUUACUGAGUAUGAAUAAAGACUUUGGAUCCAAGAAAUAUAUGAGAGAGAUAAUUUUUGUUAAUAAGACAUAGGUAAUAUAUUGGCUACAAAGACACAAAUGCAUUGUUUGAUUAUUUUGUUACCUUGCGAUUUACUUUUCUUGGCGAGAGAGCUUUCAGCAAAGUGGAGGGUGGUAUUUCCUUUUCACUGGACACACGUUAAGCAUCAGACGUAAUAGCCUUUGAGCCCCUGGACUGACUGAGUCGUACGUGGGAGCUGACCACUCCUGCAGCACGUGUGUCACACUCCAGCUGAUACUGCUACAAGGUCUAACCUCAUGGCUAUUAACUGUAGGUUUCAGUGGCUGCCCCUUUCUCUCCCCUCAGCACCAGGGCUAGGAGAGCAGGUUGCAGAGACCCAGCAGAUUCAGCCCUGGGGCUUGGGCUCAGCUUUCAACUUUCAGCCACCUCCCUGCCCCCAGCAUGAUUUCCUUCAGACACCAAGUCACUAUUUUCACGAACACUUACCCUUUGGCCCCAAACCGAAGGCAACUCAUGUCCUCCUUUGCCCCUUGUGUAACGUCGCAAACCUGUGGCUUUGCAUAACGUACCCAGGUCAUGGGUAUUUCCUAACAACCAGUGUCCCUGUCUGGGUGCUUUUUAAGGCUUGUAACCGGACUUACAACCUUAUAUGUAUUUUCCUCUGUUUCAGCUGCUGCUUCCUCUGUUUUAUCGGAUUGUGCUAACUGUUCUUGGGUUCACACUAAUAAAGAUUUCCCAAACUGA